AUGGACCCGAAAGGAAUACCGCCUGGAAAAGGCGACAUCGUCUGCUCACUGCUUGCGGAACUGAUCUUGGCAGGAGCACGAUUUUACAAACAUCCAGAGAAGGAUGACACAACGUUAGUGGAUGUUGUGAUGCUAGCCGAUCUCAAGGGACUACUUCCUAAAUUCCUCGUGAAUCAGAUACUGGGAAAAAUAAUGCUAAUGGAUACUGAAGAAAAUCGACGACACUUCCAGAGCAUUAGAGAUAGAAAGAGCCAACGAAAUGAACAGAUGUUAUUAACAGCGCUAUUAACCCUUUUAAUCAUCGUCGUCGAUGGGAAAUUGUUGAUAAAUCCAAACUGGAGCAAUAAGGCUCCAUUGCCUAACUCUUUGCUGGAAACACCGAACAGAGGCUGCUCAGCUUCUCCCCUACGACCUGAAAACUUAUGGUCACUAUGCAGCCAAAAUCGGCCUCACAUACAGCUUGGACUCUGUUCCACUCAUUUCAUCGAAUGUUCUCGUACAGGAGAGGGUGCCGUUAUCCGAUCGUGCCCGUACAAAACAUUUGUCUUCAUGAACGGUCGUUGCCAACCUGCUGAAAAUUUCGCCGAAUGUAAGGACCGCGUUCUGUACCGAAUCAAUGAGGAGACGAAGCAAUUGGUCGAGUCCGAGUCGUUCUGUGCCAAUUUCGCCGGUAUCUAUCGAAGCCGUUGUGGUGCCAGCGAUUGUUCGCGACAAGCACUUAUCUGUCACCCAAAUGGAAGGGAUGCGAUACCAGUCAUUUGUGCUGCUGGUCAAGUCCUUACUGAAGGGCUUGAAUGCGUUCCAGCUGAACAAUGGUGUCCUUCUGAAUUGGAUCUGACUGCCCCGAUCCGUCAGCUAUUUCUGCAGAGGACAUGUGAAAGGGGUUUAGCACCUUAUGGAAGCUCAGCUCAAAUAGGAAGGACUCAAUGUGCUUCAUGGUAUGUAGCGUGUCGACCACGACCUUCUGUGAUUUACUGUGGAAAUGGUGAGAUUUUCGAUAGUCGCCUGAAGCGCUGCAGAAAAUGGAAUGCUGGCGACACUUGUGCGAUGGCGGGCAUUUGCAGAGAUCUAGCUGUAGUAGCUGAUUUUAGAGGUCACGAAUGGCAGUUGGUUCCACUUGGGGAGUGCGAAAGCGAAUUUGUUUCCUGCGAAGGAUCAGUGGGAAAACUGUACACUUGUCAGGAAGGCAAUGUUUUCAAUGGCCGUUACUGUUCACCAAGAAACGUCGUCGAAGCAUGUGCAGCAUGUCGCAAAGGGGAAAGACGGCCGGGCCCAUCUUGUAAUGAGACUUUCUCCUGUCAUCCGAACACCCGCUGGGAUCCUGCUACGAAGCGAUGCGUCCAAGACUUUACAUGCAUGAAUUCAAAUUACGAACAACAGAAGCAAUGCCUUGAAGGCUAUACAAUCCCCUCUUCUGACUGCGUCACUUACCAAGUUUGCUACAAUGGCAAGUACGUCCCUGCGAGUUGUGGAAACUUCUCUCAAACAGCUUCAGGCCCUUGCUCACACUGCUUCUCUUCGCCGAGCAGAUAUACCGUAAAUCAGCUCACCAUCCCUGGCCAAUGCUCAGCGCAAGACCGACUACCCCAUCCACACGACUGUGCGGCAUAUUACGCCUGCUCUGGUGGAAACUGGGUUUAUAGCAGAUGUCAAGUCCAGGGACAGGUCUUUGACGCUGCAUCAAAAACGUGUCGUGACGGAACUCCAUGGGGGUGCGCUUCAUAUGCUGAAGUGCAGUGUCGACACGGAGAGAGAAUUGUUGACCAAAAUUCGCCAUUAUGUGAUCGCCGUGUGGUCGAGUGCCGUUACGGAAAAUGGGUGGAUCUACGAUGCCCAGAUGGCUACGUCUUUGAUGAGCCGACGCUCAACUGCGUCCAAGGCGUCUGUCCAAAUGAGCAGAAGUAUCCAGGACCGGCUGGACUACCAGGCCCUGUAGUCCCUCCACCACGUCCGCCCCCGCCGCCCGUCAGUAACUUAUAUCAAGUCGUGCCUGACUUCGUCGCUCCGUCUUGUCAAGGAAGCAUGAGGAUCGCUGACCAAUACGACUGCGCACGAUUCUGGCAAUGCGAAACGUCAGGACGGUUCCAGAGCAAAAUCUGUCCCCCCGGUAAAGUGUACAAUGCCGCUGCACAGGAUUGCGUUCAAGGGACCUGCUACAAUGGUCAAUGGCUCGAUGCCCGUUGCAAUCACAACAAACGAUUUGUCAACGGUCGCUGCGUUCAAGAGGAUUGUGUUCAGCAGAGUUACGGAAAAGACCACUAUUCGAAGCUGCAAUGCCGUAGUGGAGCUCUACAGCCACAUUUGACGAAUCAGCAUUCCUACAUGUUCUGCCAGUACGGUAUGUGGACGGAACGUAGCUGCCACCGUGAUGGAGCAAUAUUUGAUUGGAAGGUUCUCGGAUGUGUUGUCAGCCAGAGUCAAUCAAAUCCGUAUAAGCCGAAAUGCUACGAAGGAAUGACGCGCCCUAUCACCAAUGAAUGCUCUGUUUACGAGGAAUCCUCCGGUGUAGAUGGCUACAGAAGGAUGGAAACCGAUUGCUCCAAAUAUUAUCAGUGCGUACACGGUAAGAGUAUAACUGAACUUCUUCAAAGUUUAUCUUCAUACCUUGCUUACGAAAUGUUUCUUUGA